AUGGAUCAGAAGCUGGCUGCUUAUGAAUCCCGCAUUAAGGAUUUAGAAACUUACCAAAUCCAGCUUGAUAAAUUAUUGGAGGAUGUUAAUGUUAAGGAGAAACUACUUGAAAGGGAGAAACUAUUUGAAGGAAGGUGCAAUGAAUUACUGAUGAAGGAGAAACUACUUGAAGGAGGUAGGAAUGAUUUGCUGCAUAGAGAAAGACUAUUAGAGGAUGCUCAUUUCAAUCAGAAACUAAUUGAACGAGGUAGGGAUGAACUGCUGCUGAGGGAGAAACAACUUGAUGGACGUUUGAAUGAAUUGCAGCAGAGGGAGAGGCUACUUGAAGGAGGUAGGAAUGAAUUACUGAGGAGGGAGAGACAACUUGAAGGAGGUAAGAAUGAGUUGCUGGAAAAGGAGAAACUUUUGGAGGAUAUUCUUGUUAAGGAGAAAGUGCUUGAUGGACGUUGGGAUGCAUUGAUCCAUAGGGAGUGGCUACUUGAAGGAGGUAAGAAUGAGUUGAUGGAGAAGGAGAGACUACUUGAAGAGGGUAAGAAUGAACUUCUGCAGAAGGAGAGACUACUUGAAGAAGGUCAGAAUGAAUUGCUGCAGAGGCAGAAGCAAGCUGAAGGUUUGAUGGUACAAUGUGAAAGUCACACUCAGUAUUUGAAGUUUAAGGAUGCAGUGCUUUGCGAUCGCUCCAAAAGGCUUGAUGCAAUCCAGAAACGGCAUGAGGAGACGGGAAGAAUAAUCAGUUCCGAAGGUAAAGAACUUGAGUCCAAAAAAGUUCAUUUUGAUCAUGUUGUGGCCUCCUUUGAACAGUAUGUUCAAGGAUUCCAUUUGAAAGAGAAGAAAUUGAAAUUGGACGAGGAAAAGUUAGCUCUGAAUGUCAAAGAGUUUGGACUUAAGAAAGAGGAACUUGAUGAGAAAUUGAAGGAAAUUGAGAAGACUCGGGGAUCGUUAGAAGAACGUGCUAAGGAAGUUGAAGUGAUAAUGAAUCAUCUCCAUGAACAAAGGAGGGAUCUUGAGUUAAAAGAGCAACAACUGAUUACUGAUAAAGAGAAAGAGAUGUCUUCCAUCAACGGUCCAGCUGCAGAUUCCAUGAGAACAUGGAUAUGA